CCGCUCUCACGCUGGAGUUCGCUGGACGGCCGCCGACGACACCAUUCUGUUGCUGCGACACGCCGACGUCCCUUGUCGAGGUGCAAUCUUUGUUGUUGGUAGAGGACGCUCGUAUUGGACAGCCGCCAAACCCACUCUCCCGGUCGUUCCGAGGCUACGUUCACUGUCUCAGACCCAAGGACCAGUCCCCAGGAAUUCUGUCAAUACAUGCUGACCACUAGAUCGACAUAUCGUGUUCGUGAACCUGGAUCAGCCUGCGUUGCCAAUCACAUACAGCUUUUCUGGAAUUUUCUUUACUAUGUCGACGCCGCCAGUCACUGGACCGCACGACGGGGAGCGCCGCAAGACCCUGGGUAGAUACGUGAAGCGUAUGAGCAGUGUGUUCAAGAGGGAGAAGUCGAGCAAGAGCGAGCCCCAGGCGUCGAGUGUUGCUGCGCCUACUACGUCUGCUGCCCCUUCCGCGGUUCCGCGGGAGGAAGCUGCGACUCAGGAAGUUGCCAAGGCACAGUCGAUUAGGCAAGAGCUCCCCACAGACGAGCCUGCCGCUGCCCCUAUUGCUGCUGCCGUCCACCUUACUGCUACGACCAGUGUCCAAGCACUUGCACCCGCACCCGCGCCCGUGAGUUUCACUCCAGUCGUCGACCGCAAUGCCAUGCAGCUAGAGCGUGCCCGCGCGCUUUUUGCCAGGUACGGUCUGACUCUCGAGUCUGAUGACUUGUUCAAGACAGGUGCUUCUGCUCCAUUGGUACCACGCGUCGAGAAGGCCAUCCGCAUGCGUGUCCACCGAAGCUGCCACAAAUGUGGUACACUUUACGGCCACGACAAGGUCUGCAUGCAGUGUGAGCACAAGCGCUGCAAGCAGUGCCCACGAUAUCCCAAGAAGAAGACAGCUGGUGAGAAAAAGGAGAAAGAGGUCGCUGAGCAGCCCAAGAAGAAAAAGGUCUUGACCGUCACCACCAGGAACGGUUGCGAGCUUGUAUACCAGCCAGCGACCCAGCGAGUCAGACGCAUCUGUCACAAGUGCGAGGCUUUCUUUGUUCCUCCCACAGCAACCACCUGUGAGUCAUGCAACCAUGUAAGAUGCACAAAGUGCCCACGAGAGCCCGCCAAGCGCAAUAAAUGGCCCUCUGGCUACCCAGGGGAUGUUGCUGCAGAUAGCGAGGACGACAUCGAGGACGAGUUGCAGCUUGACCAGUUUCGACGCAUCUGGCGGAAGCCCAGACGUGUAGUACGCUGGGAGUGCGAGCAAUGCCACAGCUUGUUCCGGCAAGGGUCCCCUCAGUGUCCAGGCUGUGGGCAUGGACGUUGCGAUCACUGCACACGGUCUCCUAUCAAGAAACUCAGACAGGAGGAGUCAUUCGAUCCUGCUGUUGUUGCUGCUGUUGAAGCCAAGCUCAGAGCAUUAGGUGUCGACUCCGACCCUCCCACCUCUGAGCCUGAGCAUGUUUAAUCUGUUACCUUUGCGAGCCUUACGACCUAGUGUUGAUAUCUUUCUGCUACACUAUCGACGGAUGGACGGUUGAGCUUGCGACGUCGCCCAAGCGGCACCAUCCGUCGCAUUACAAUAAAUUAUCUUUACGCUGUUGUCAUUCAGCACACUUCUCCACACAUCUUCCAAGUUCACUCACACCUCCAAUCAAGCCUCAUGACUAUUCCUGC